AUGGAGAUCAAGAAGCCCCAGCAGAAUGCCUACGUCCUUGGAGUCGGCGUCACCAAGUUCAUCAAGCCCAGGCAAACACGAAGCUAUGUCGAGAUGGGCUUUGAGGCCGGCGUGAAAGCCAUGCUAGAUGCUCAGAUCACUUACGAUGAUGUCGAGAUGGGCGUGGCAUGUUUCUGCUACGGAGACACCUGCAGUGGCCAAAGAGUCUUCUACCAGUUUGGCAUGAGUGGCAUUCCCAUUUACAACACCAACAAUGCUUGCGCUACUGGAUCUACUGGACUGCACAUGGCCAGGACUCUUGUUCGAUCCGGUGCAGCGGACUGCAUCAUGGUCAUUGGUUUCGAGCAGAUGCAACCUGGAAGCAUCAAGAGUGGCUGGAACGACCGGCCGUCUCCUAUGGAGCUCUCCUCAAAGAUGAUAGAGGAGGAGUACGGCAAGCAUGACAGCCCUCGCAACGCCCAGUACUUCGCCAACGCUGGACGUGAGUAUAUUGAGAAGUAUGGAGCCAACGAGGAUGACUUUGCAGAGAUCGGCCGCAUUUCGCACGAGCAUUCCACUAGAAACCCGUACGCUCAAUUCCAGCAGGAGUACAGCCUCAAGGACAUCAAGGACUCAACCAUGAUCCACUGGCCAGUUACCAAGCUGCAAUGCAGUCCCACUAGCGAUGGCUCCGGCUCAGCAGUCAUCGUCUCCGAACGCUUCCUCAAGGCUCGCCCACACCUCAUGUCACAAGCAAUCCUCAUGGCCGGACAGCAGCUCCAAACCGACCCACCGACUCUUUACUCCAAGAGUGCGAUGGACCUCUGUGGCUUCGGGAUGACCAAGAACGCCGUUCAGCUAGCUUACAAAGAAGCCGGCGUGACCGCCAAAGACAUCGCAGUCUGCGAGCUUCACGAUUGCUUCUCAGCCAACGAACUCAUCCUCCUCGAAGGCCUCGGCUUCGCCGGAAAGGGCAAAGCCCACGAAAUGGUCCGCAACGGCGACAUCACCUACGGCGGCAAGGGCCCCAUCGUCAACCCUUCAGGUGGCCUGAUCUCCAAGGGCCAUCCCCUCGGCGCGACAGGCCUAGCCCAGUGCGCUGAGCUCACCUGGCAGUUGCGAGGGUGGGCAAACACCAGACACGUCCCUGCCAAGGUGGCCCUGCAGCACAACCUUGGACUGGGUGGUUGUGUGGUCAUCAAUGUCUAUAAGCGUGCUGAUGGCAAGGAGAACCAGAAGUUGAGUGAUCAGCAGGCGAUCAAGGGAACGAACUGGACGUACAACCCUGCCACGGCGGCGAAGACGCCGAGUAUGGCGGAGGCGAAGAAGGUGUUGAGUAAGAAGUUCGGCGUGGAGUAUGCAUUGAGCAAUACGCCGCAGUUGAUCCAGUCGAGGUUGUAG